AUGACAAUGGACAUUCAAAAUAACUAUCAAAAUUAUAAAGAACAUUCUCCGGAAAGGAAGGAGUCUAGUUUAAAUAUAGAAAGUGCAAAAACUUCACAACUUUCGAAAAUUGACAUGCAGCCGACUACACUGAGUCAAGCGAAGGCUUCCAAACGAUCAUUCGAUGUGGCUUUCUUGAUGAUGCCAGAUGAAAAAAUUCGUCAAGUUCAACCUGAGAGACAAUUGAGAGUUUCAAAACAACUGUUCAAUACAGAAGAAUGGGAGCAGCCGACUAAAAGAGUUGUAGAUAUUUAUAAGCAAAGUGAGUACUCCAAUGAUAAUACUGUUGAUUCUAAGGAUCAAGAUGAAGACAGAGUUCGAGUAAAUAACAAUAUAUCCCCAAGUUUCGGUUCCGAUAUAAAUAUCGAUGUCGGUACUGACGAGUACCCGAAUAAGAUUAUGUAUUGUAGUGAUUCCGACACCUCUGAGAGAUCGCGAAGUCGUCCCAACUCAAACGAGAGUGCUAAUAGACAACCUAAAUUUUUACACGAGUAUAAGAAUAAAAUUUUCGACGAUCCUACUUUAAUUAGCAUACGAACAAGAGCGAGAUUUGAGAACCGGUUUGGAGAAAAGCAACACGAGACAUCGCCUAAAAGUGCUUUCACUAAAGUGUCUAACUUCACUGGCCGGUCACCAAAUCCAUCGGUCAGUCCAGAUAACUUACUUUAUCAGAACUCUAUAAGUCCGCCAUUAUCUGCGUCUAGUCCACCAUCAAGCUCGUACAACAAGGGCUUUAACAAUCUCCUGACACCAGCGCACUUACUAAAUGGGCACUGUUUCUUUAAAUCGCAAAGUGUUCCUUCUACUUCACCGAACUAUCCAGAGGCGGGUCCAUUGCCACGGACAAGUACAUCAUUUAAAGCGAUCGAACAACAAAAUAAGUAUGACGUAAAAACGGCACAAAUAUCGCCAAAUAAAAUGAAUUUUCUUCCAUUUCGGCCUGAGUUACCUUAUCUUCAAGCUGGACCGUCAUAUCCGUUUGGAGUUCAAAAUUUCCAACAACCUAAUCCUGACUUCAUGAAAUUUCAAGGACCACCGCGAGAACCGGUUAAUCCUUUAAUAGCAAAUCCUGCUGCUGCAAUUUUGAGUACGCUCUUACCAUCAACUAUUGCAGCAUUUUCAUUACCAGCACAAAAUGUAUGCGCCAAAUGCAGCAUCAGUUUUAGAAUGACUUCAGACUUAGUUUAUCACAUGAGAACUCACCACAAGAGUGAGUCGGCGACCGAUCCGAAUAGGAAAAAAAGAGAAGAAAAACUGAAAUGUCCAGUUUGUAACGAAAGUUUUAGAGAGAGACAUCACCUAACGAGACAUAUGACAGCGCAUCAGGACAAGGAAGGUGAUUUGGACGACGUAUCGAAUACACAAAGUUUUAACAAAAAGAGCAAACAAUUUUAUGCUCAAAACGGAGGAUCUAUCCUCCAUAAAUAG